CGUGGUCCCACGAAACGGACACGCAUCGCUAUUUUCCUCUCGCAGACUCACAGAUCAACUUAUCUGUUAUAAAGAUGGAGGAAAACUCGAUGGAUGGGCAGCCGUCUCGUCGGAAACUCUGUGCCUUUCAAGCUUGUACUCUGAAGGUUUUAAAUAAAGACGGAGAUUUCGCUAAAAUUCACGACAGGCCCGUUGAUGUAGUGGUAUGGUCGGAGAACGGCACACAGUGUUCAAUCGACAUACGAGAUGGUACGAACCUCGAAAAUUUAUCAGGAUAAAAUUUUAUCAGAUUUCUUGUAUAUGUUUUGUAUUAAAGGUGAUUUUUACCCCUUCUGUGCCUCUCUGUAGGCGAUGAAAGCAUUCUCUCUUUCUCUGUGACUCAUGAAACGGGGCAUUAUCACGCGGGCGAAAGAUUUUAUAUUUUCAACUUGAAGGACUUCUCUCCAUUAAUUUGUUUCCCCAAGAAACAAGGUAUGUUGUAUUUGUAAAAUGUUAAAAAUGAUCUUUUUGGAAUAGCUUGGUUGAAAAGGUGAUGUCUGUUUUGAAAGCUUAAUCUUUCCUGUGAACGUGUCAUAUGAAAUGUGUUGAGCGCCAUAUUUUGAAUAUUUAAUAAUAAACAUCCCUAGUCGUAUUGUUUAACUCGUUAUUACCUGCUAUAUAUUUCCCUAAUUUAAUUUAGUCAGGUAUUAAAUUUAAUUUGUUUGAGAUUUGAAAUUUUAAUAGUCAACCUCUGCCCCAUUCCUGGUAUGUUUACAUGGAGGAAUACAUGGUGACCACAGGGGGCACCCUAAGCGGUUAAAAUAAUGAAUGAUUUUAUAUGAAAUAGAAUCGCCCUAACAUCAGAGCAGGUACCAUUGACAAUAGAUUUAGUUGUGCUUUGUAGACUUGUUCUGUGAUUGCUUAAAUUCUCCUCUCUUUUUGUACCAAUUAUUUAAUAAUUACAGGUUCUGAGGCAUUCCCCGGGCAUUUGCACUUUUCUUUUGCCCGGGGGCCGGGCAUUCGUACUUGUAAAGUUGUCCCGGGGGUGUGGAAUUGUUUACUGGCCGGGCAUUUGACUCGACCGGACGUUUCUGUGAUGAACACAUGCUUUUAUAUUAAAAUGGCGUCAAAGAAUUUGAGGGUAAAAACGAGGAUUUUGUCGAUAUUUUCAUUCACAAAACGUCACACCAAUCGCACACAAGAAACUAAUUAAAGUUUAGCCUGCGAACAGGCUCACUGGGAGAAAGGUGAGCCUGCACGGAACCAUGCGUUUUAUUCAAUCAUCCCCUUUUCGCAUCUGCUAAACGCGAACCAAUCAGCGUCGACUGCGAUAAAUAAACUGUCAACUGUCAAAUUGACGCAAGGCGUGUACAUUAUUGUACAACGAAGAAAUACUGAAUAUUAAAAUGUAUACAUGUUAUGUGAACAAUAAUACAAAGCAUUAGCGGGCCGCACAAUAUAUUACUCGGAAAAAUAUAGAAUUCUUCAAAUAUUAAAUAGAUAUCAAUACACAUACAAAUAUAAAGCCAAAUAAAAUACUACCAUUGGCAUUGAAUGUACAGUAAUACUUGUACUAUGUGCGACUGAAAGAACAAUGUUCUGAAUAUUUGAAGCUAUUACUAAAAUACGGUCAGAUAGAUUGGGGUUUGGAAUACCAAAUACGUCUAAAAUUUUACUAACUGUGGUCUAAAUAAAUGAUAAAUGAGCAUGUAUUUAUUAAUUUCUUUGAAAUCACGAGUGUGCCAAUAGUGGGAAGCCGUAUCGACGACGAAAUUGUCAGCAGUUUAUACAGUUAAUAGUACAACGUUUAAUGUACGAUAUAUAUUUAUCUAAAUGACAUGCCAGCGAGGAUCAACAAUAUAAUUAUUCGUACAUAUUUGGGUAUCUUUUGUAUGCCUUCGCUUGCUGACUUGCUCACUAAUGAGAAUAAUCCGUGAAGCCACGACGACCCCAAAAUGUAGUACUAUAGUCUGAUGUCAAUCCGAAGACGAAGUUCAGAAUACUGUUAUAGUAUUGAAUUUAAGCGAUAGAUUCAAGUCAUUUAUGAUAUACUUUUUUGCUGUGAUGCUUUGCUAUUGCUUUUGGUUUCCAUUUCUAGUGUUAUUUGUUCGAUAGUCUUAUAAUAUAUAAUAUAAUAUUAAAAUGAAUAAAGUUCAAAUUCUUCAAAAUGCUGUUGUUGACAUUUGCUAUUUUUAGUAAUUUUGUCAACGAGUGUAAGCCAAUCAGAAGCCUGCGUUUCUAUACGAACGCCACUACCAAGAAAACCUAUAGUUCCGUGCAGGCCCUCUAUUCUUUGCGCCGCCUGCAACCCAGGGCCUGUUCGCAGGCUAAUUAAAGUUGUGUUUAACUAUCUAGCAUAAAAACACUAGAAUUCAUAGUACAAUCCUUGUUUUAUAUCUUGCUACAUUAUUGUAUAUUAACCACUGAACCGACAAGCACGUUUUUCAUGUUCAAAAGUUGGGAUGACUGCUGUAGCUUUUAUACAGGGAACCUAAUACUGUUAUGGAUGUUUUGAGGUCUAAAAUACAUUCUAUAAAUGAGUCAGUGUGCCCUGGGGCCGGGCAUUUGUCAUCUAUCUUUUUUUUUCCCAGGGGCGGGGUAUUGCCACGCGUUUCCUGCCCGACCCCCGGGAAUUGUCAACUUAAAGAAAAAAAGUGCCAUUCCCCCGGGGGGAUGGGCAAAGAAUUGACUGAUGCAUAACCCCCUCCCCUCUGCACAGAACAAGCCUGUGAUGUGGGAAUUGAUGGACGCUGGGUGUACUUAACCUAUUGAGUGACAGUGUAGCAUUCUCCCAUUGAUGGGUUAUAAAUAUUGUCUGGCAUAAGACAGAGUAAAAUGAUAAAGUAUGGCGCUUCAGUACGAUGAUAUUGAUAUUCCCUUCUAUAUUGUUUGUUGGAAUAUUGGUGAAUUUCCAUAUUGGUGCAUCACUAAUAUUUUGAAAGAAUUUCAACCACACUUUGCUUUUUCCACAUAAUAAUGUUAGAACUUAAAAAUAACAUGAGAAUGUUUUUAUUUUUUUUUUAGAUGUAAUAUAUUUUAAACGAGUUAUAUCUGAUAGUACUGGUACCUCUAAGGAAUCAAUGUUUUCAGAAAGGACUGAGGAAAGUUCCGCUGUACAGUAUUUCCAG